ACUCGUUCGAAGGCGGAUGUUUGCUGAAGGAUAACCAUGUCAAUUUAUGAUUUUAAAUGAGUAAUGCAAGCACCUGCCUAGACGGAUAUAUAUGUUCAAAAGUGUAUAAACGUUAAAGGCCGCCGAAUGAAGCAGCAACGCGUCAACCUGGAGAGGACGACGGUACUUGAUAUACCGCAUGUACUACGGACCUUGCUCAAGAUUAGUCUGCGCUUCUUGAAGGCAAUCACCGCUCCAGCUUUAGUAACGGUCCUCGUAUUCCUCGUGUUUGGUCUUAACUAUACGUUUCAUCUACAGACACGGAACGUUCAAUGGAAAGGGCUUGAGAUCCAGCGAAUGUUUAAAAUUCUGGAUGAAAUUAAAAAAUCUCCAACAGUGGCGACUACGAAGAUCGGGCCACCCACAACUACAACGUUGUCACCAGAAUUUCUGGCGAUAUCGCCAGACAUUGAACUUGAUAAGCUAAUAAAUAGGUCAUCUGGUGAAAAAUACCCAAUAUUCAAUGGAAAUUAUGUAUUUGAAAAUCCAAUUCUGUGUUUAGAAGUGAAAAAUCUGUCAGUGCUUAUUAUAGUGCAUACGGCGCCGGACCACUUCGAGAUGCGGUUAGCGAUACGCAGGACAUGGGCGAACGACACUUACUACCGUCAGUAUGGAGUGUCCAGAGUGCUCUUCCUGCUUGGGCGAGUGGAGGAUGCAACGCUACAGGAAAAGAUAGAGGCCGAGUUCAAGGACUACCGCGACAUGCUGCAAGGGGACUUUAGGGACGCCUACCGGAACCUCACUCACAAGGGCGUCAUGGGGUACAGGUGGAUCACCGAACGAUGUAGAAACGCGAAAUUUAUUUUAAAAACUGACGACGACAUCGUUGUAAAUAUGUUUCAAUUGUUUAAUCACGUCCUACCGAAUUUUCACAACAAAACAAAACAGAUAUUCUGUAAUCAUAUUUACGCAAACACGAUGCCGAUUAUUCGGGAAAAGACGAGUAAGUGGUAUGUGAACGAACAUCAUUUUCGGGGAAAGACAGUUUUUCCGGAGUAUUGCAGUGGUUUUAUAGUUCUGUUUACAAAUGACGUCAUACCGGCAAUUUACAGUGCAGCUACGAUGACGCCUUUUUUCUGGGUCGACGACGUUUACCUUUAUGGGUUGGCUCCUAGCCACGUCCCUGGAAUAAAGUACAGCGACAUGAAAGACACUGACCACAUGCUUGAUUGGCAAAAGGCUCUCAGCUGUUACAGAAAUGUGACUGAAAAUCUCGGCAAAAAGUGUGAAUACUUGGUGACUGGUUCCCGAACACUUCAAGUGAGCGAAGAAACUUGGAUUGAAAUGAGAAAGCAGUUUGACCAUGUGCUGGGUACUAAUUCGACAUCAACAACAGCAACACCAUCAAAGCAUGCAUAGAUAAAAUGAAGCGCAUACCUAAUUAAUCGAUAUAAUGUUUUGUUCAUUGGCUAGUUGUAUCAAAACUAGCACAUAUUUAUGAUACAAUGGCUUGCACAAAAAAUGCAUCACGUGCAUACAUGUAGAUAUGUUGUAACGCUGACUUAUAAACUGGCGCCCCCAUAUGUCUAACGUUUUCCACCAGACCAUUUAGAAUGGAUAUCGGGGGCACUUCGGUGUGCUUUUGGGCUCCUGUCCAUGAUAUUCGUAACAAUAACAUUUGAGAACGCAAUGUUGCAAUUUUGGGUAUACAUGUACUUAUAAGUUCUCACUCAGUGCUUCAUUAUGAAUAAAGGAGUGUUGAUCCGUUGACAGAUUUUUACGUAAAACUCCAAAGAUUAAUUGCGAGUACCAAAAUAAGUUUUUCGUUAUUGCGUGAGCUCACCGAACCGCUUAAAAAGUGGCAUUGUGUGAGAUGGCCUUUAAUUUGUUCACUGUAUAAGAUGUAAAUAUUUGCGAUAAACGUAAACUGUGGAAGAAUGUGAACAAAUGAUACACUUUAAACAUUAGGCCAUCUUUAAAAAUUGUUUAUCUAGAAUGCGCAGACCCAACAGUUAUUUUUGGGGGGUGAGGGGUGGGGUUGGGGGCUCGAUUAAAUUUCAAAAAAUCAUACGAAAGAAAUAUUUUCGCGCACUGGUAUUUACGAUUCGUCUUCAAAUCAACACGAUUAUUCAUAUAUAUGGCUCUUCUUUUACAAGCUGUAAACGCUAUCAAUCUGUGGGAGAUGUAAGAUUAUGGAAUGCAUGCAACAUUACUUUUACACGUUCUCAUUUCAAAAGGAAAUGCACAAUCGUCCGUGACUCUUAAACCAACGGUAAGGAAUCUCUUAGCUACCGCCGUGGCUACAUCCGAUCUCAAUGAAUGUUAACCAUAAUAUUUUAUAUCACUCACAAAAGUUUGUAUAGCAUCUUAAAUUGUUGUAUAAUAAAUGAUUACCACAUC